GUCUACUCUUACACAUGGUGUGUAUUCUCACUUCUCAGAAACCCAGCUCCAUAUUCUUCCUUUCGGUGACCUGAACAGAUUUUUUUCACUUGGGCUUCUCUUCUUCUUCUUCUUCUUCUUCUUCUUCUUCUUCUUCUUCACUGUUAUCCAGCUUUCAACCAUGAACAUGAACAAUGGGUAUAGAGAACCAGACAACUCGUUUUGCUAUUUCCACCCAAAAGAGGUGGUUGUGGGGGUCUGUGCCCUGUGCUUGACUGAGAGGCUUCUCGAAUUGGCUGCCAGAAAAGGCCGCCAUAGAAGCACCCAAAGCUUCAGUCACAGACCCAUUACUCUUCCAAAGAUCUUUGCUUUCAGCUCUUUCCUCAAUCGGAAGCCAGAUUACUUGGAUCAAGAAGCUUCCACCAGCCAAGAAGAUUCAUUCAUAUCAAUCAAGUUUGAAGAGAAUGGAGUUGCCUCGUGGGAGAAGAACAAGGUAUCCAAAGUCUCUUUAGACCAUUGCAACAUGCCCUGGAAUCACAACUUUAGCAAAGACUCCAAGGAUGCCAAAGAGACCAAGAGUGUGAUAGAGCAUGGGAAAGCUCAUACACCACUUAGGUGGCGGAAGCGGAUCGGACAUCUCUUCCAGCUCAAUAGAUGGAAGAGAUCCAACAAGGGCAGUGUGUGCCAUGUGAGCAACAAGGUAGAAGGAGUCAAGGUAAGGAAGGGCUGGAUAAGAAGUCUGACAAAGAGGAGAGGGUCCAUGGAAUAAAGGAGCUCGUACAGAAAGUGACACAAGUCUCUCCUCCACCAUACUCAUAUGUGGGUAGAAGCUCACUAAAGCCAUAUAAUUGAGGGAGGUAGAGUCAAAUUCUUUACUUUAUCAUUCCUUAAAAAUGUGCUUUGUUUGCUUUCAACUCUUUGAGCUUCUUCUUUUCCUUUUGUUUCCUCCAUUUCUUUAAACAGUACAGGCUGUAAAAGGGUUGUUGAAAUAUGCUUUGGUUUCACAUUUUUAUGAAAUAUAAAGAUUACUUUGUAAGUGUUUGUUUUCCUCUCCCAUACCAAACAUUGUAAAGCUAGACCCAUGUUAGGUUCACAAAGUGGGAAACAAUGGAGCAAAGGCCCCAUUCUUGUUGUUCUGGAACUUGUCUAUUAUCUUGUUCCCUUCUCCCUCCCA